AUGUCUUCUUUGUAUGCAACGCCCACGUCCCUCGCAGGUAGCGAUGCGCGGACCAACGUGGUUUACGCGGCCGACCGGCUGAAGGAGAAGUUCCCUGAGAGCAUAAGUUGGGACGACCUGGUGGCGUUUGUGCUGCCGGCGCAGAAACGCACUGAAGAACAGAUCAACCUAUUCCGGCGGUUUCUGCAAGUCAACCCCAAAGUCAGCCAUGAUCCCGACACAGACAGCUACAAAUUCAAACCGCUCCACGACAUCGCGUCCGCCGAUGACUUGAUCAAGUUCCUUCAGAGCCAGGACUCGGCACUGGGACUCAACGUGCGCGAGUUGAAGGAUGGCUGGACCGAUGUUGAAGAGACGAUUGACCGGCUUGAGGCCGAACACAAACUAUUGGUGGUACGGAAUAAAAAGGACCACCAUCCACGCAUGGUCUGGAUCGACGACCCCACGCUCGUUGCGCCUCUAGACCAGGAAUUCAAGGACAUCUGGUUACAAAUCCCGCUGCCUUCGGUCGAAGACACGAUUAAAGAACUGCGACGUAUGAAUCACAAGUCGACCGGCGAGCCUGCGCGGCCAGAUUCGGAAACCAAGCCCAAGAAAGAGAAGAAGAGAGUGCGGCGUGGACAAAAAGUUACCAAUGUGCAUAUGCAGGGCUUGUUUAGGGAUUAUUCUGAAAGAAGGCCACAGGGUGGGAAAUGA